CCGCCUUCGCCUUCUUCUUCCCAUCUCCACUAUGUGUCAAAAACGAGAAACAAAAGCCCCCGAUGAAUUCUUCGUCCUUUGAAUGAGCCCAUCUCCAACUCAAAAAAGCAUUCUGGAAAUUUGAGUAACAGAACCCACUACCGCCCGCUCACCUCCCUAGAUCGACGACAUGCCAAGCAGCAAGGGAUACUCAUACAAGAGCUCUGGAUCCAACAGCCAGGGUAACUACUCCUGCGCUCGCGAUUACGGAAGCAGCAGCAGCACUUCGAACCCGAACUCAUACCAGUAUCCCAACACAAGCGGCUCAAUUCACUACUCGACUCCAAAGAGCGAGAGGUAUCAAAACGACGGCAACGGCGGUUCACCGUACACCUCGGCUAGCGGAUACCGAACAUGCUCCGGGUACGGCAAAAAUGUUGGAAUGAAAUAACCACUAGAUCUUGUAAUGAGUGACGACGGAGCGAUUUAUGUGAUUAUACUC